AUGAUCCCCGCGGUUGAAGCCGCCGGGGCGAGCGCCUUCGCGGCAGUUUCGCCGUUGAGUCCUGGAUCGCAUGAUCGUCAGAGCGGCUCGACUAGCGACGGUACCGCUGCGGCUGCUUCUGCGACUGCGCUAUUGUUUCGGUCGCGUAAACCGUCGCUGCUGCGACCCAAUGCCACGAAUCGGCUGGAAUGCGCGACAACUCGCGACUCGUCGACUGCCUUCGCGCAGAAUGUCGGUCCAGGGGCGAAAAGGGUCGCCCGUGUUACCACGCAGACCGCGGGGGCGAUUUCCAGCGUCCUCCGCCUGGCGCCUUCCGCCGACGCAACCCGCGGAGGAAAAGGAGACGACAGCGGGAGGAGCGGAGACGCGCAGAGGCGCAAAAGCGGGCAGGCAGAGCAGCGACGGAGGGAUGGGUUAUCCCGGGCGGAAGAUGAGGGGAGUUUAACGGACGAGGAGGAGGAAGAGGGGCAUCGGCGGAGGGUGCGUCUGGGGAAGGAGCGGCGGCUGGGGCAGCCGUGGAACUCGGGGAUUUCCCCCGCCGGCCAGCGCGCGUUCCGCCGGCUGCUGCUCGGCGCGGACGGGGAGCGGGGGAAGGCGGAACGGGUGCUCAGCGCAUCUGCGGAAGCGGAGGCGGAGAGGCAGCAGGGGAGGGCGGGGAAUUUCGGGAGAGUGGACCGGUGGUCGCGACGAGCGCAAGGGGGGGCGGGCGAUGGGCGCGCGGAUGGUCCCGGAUGCGAUGAUGGCGGACGCGCGCUGGAGCUCCGCGGAAAGGGCGGGGAAAUGGCGGAGAAGGGGGGAGGGGAAUCGUCGGGGGAGAUAUCCGCGAGUGAUAUAAUGACGAUUUUGAAGGGGUUGGGGAACAAGGGGCGGUGGCGGGAUGCGCUUGCGGUUUUUCACUGGGCGCGCGGGUGCGGAAAGAUUGGCGGAAGCUGCGCGGAGGGGGAAGAGGCGUGGCGGGAGCGCGGGAAUCCUAUGGUGUCGCUGGUGCUGCGCAUUCUGAGCCGAUGCGACCGCCCGAAUGAGGCGGACGAUUUGUUCCGCGCGCUCGUGGCGGACGGUUGCGCGCUCGACGUGUAUGCAUACACGGCCAUGAUGAGCGCGCUCUCGCGCGCGGGGCGCUUCAACGACGCGAUCGCGCUCUUCCACUCGAUGCGCGCCGACGCGGGCGUGGCGCCCUCUAUAGUCACAUUCAACGUCGUUCUCGCGGCGUACGCGCGCAAGCGCGGGUGUUUUCACCACAUGGCGUCCCUGCUGCAGGAGAUCCGGACCGUUGGAUUGACGCCCGAUGAGUAUACGUAUAACACGAUGAUCUCGGCGUGUGCUGAUGCGAUUAUGCGGGCGGCAGGGCUGAAACCGACACGUGUCACGUACAACGCGCUGCUAGACGUGUACGGGAAGGCAGGCCACGUGGCACUCGCCCAUUCGGUGCUGGAGUCCAUGCUGGAGGCGGGCGUGCGGCCGAAUCUGGUGACUUAUAAUGAGAUGAUCAGCGCGUGCGCGCGCAAGGGGCUAUGGCGGGAGGCGCGCGGGAUUGUGGAUUCCAUGCUGCGCGGAGGCGAGGCGGAAGGGGGAGAGGCGGAGGGGGAGGCGGAGGGGGAGGCGGAGGGGGAAGGGGGGAGGGGAGCGGAGGUGAAGGGGAAAGGUAAAAGGGAGGGGAAAGUGAUGGUUGGGGCUGAUAAGAUAGAGGGAGGAUCGGUGGCGGAAGGGAGAGGGAACAAGGUGGGGGAGGACGGAGGGGGCGAUAGAGCAGGGGUAAGGGUUGGGGGAUCAGAGCAAGAAGCUUCGAGGAAGAAGGACAGCAAGGAAGACCUCAUUCUCCCUCCCAAACCGGAUGUUUUUUCCUACACUGCCCUGAUUGCAGCGUACGGGAAGGGCGGGCAGGUUGAAGAAGUGAGGGAAACUUAUCAGACCAUGCUGGAGCAGGGCUGUUUCCCGAACCUUUUCACCUUCAACAUCCUGCUGGAUAUUUACGGGAAGAACAAGCUGUUUGCUGACGUGGCAUGGGUCAUGGAUGAGCUGGCAACGAGCGGGAUCAAGCCCGACGUGGUGACGUGGAACACCCUGAUUCGUUGCUACGGUCAGUCGCAGAUGCUGCCGAAAGUCGAAGCUACAGUAGAGGCGAUGCGGAGAUCCGGCUGCCGCCCAAAUCGGCGCACUUACAACGGUCUGAUCGACGCGUUUGGACGGUGCGGAUCGGCCGCUGACGCAGCAGCGGUCUUCGAAGCAAUGAAGUGUGCUGGGCACACGCCCAACACAGCCACCUAUAUCGCUCUCCUAGCCGCCCAGUCCCGAGAAGGCUUGUGGGAAGAAGCCGAAAACACAAUCGAGACUAUGAGACGAACCGGAUACGCUCCCGAUGCUCUCGCAUAUUAUUGUCUUAUUCACGCGUAUGCUACAGCCGGGGAUGCCAGCCGGCUGCUAGAUGCAGUCUCCCGGCUGGAAGCUACCGGGAAGAUUCCCAGGUCUACCUCCCCCAGGUGCCCCUGGGAGGUGCACAAGUCGCUGGUUUUGGCGUUUUGCAAGUGUGGGUGUGUGGGGGAGGCGGAGGGGGCAUUAGAGAGGAUGAGGGGGAUGGGGCAUGUGCCCGAUCUGGUGGUGUGGAAUGCGGUGCUGGGGAUGUACGGGCGGUUGGGGAGGGUGGAGAGGGCGGAGAGGGUGAGGGGGGAGAUGAGGCGAGAGGGAGUGGGAGGGGACGUGGUGACUCAUAAUGUGAUGAUGAGUGUGUAUGGGCGGGAGGGCAUGAGUGAGAGUGUGGAGCGGGAAUUUGAAGGCAUGAAGACAAGAGGUGUUUCUCCGGAUGCUGUGUCGUUCUCCUCGGUGGUUCUCACCCUCUGCUGUGGUGUGUGGUUGGUGUUGAGUGAGAGUGUGGAGCGCGAGUUUGAAAGCAUGAAGGCCAGGGGAGUUGCUCCGGACGCUGUCUCAUGCUCCUCUGUGCUCCUCACUCUCUGCAAGGUGGGGAGAGUGGAGACGGGGAGUCCUUACGUGGCAGGGUGCGAGGCAGCCGGCUCUCUCCCCUUUGCCGCUCAACUCAAUGCCAUUGUGUUUUCCCUCGCGGCAAGGUGGCGAGAGUGGAGGCAGCACGCCGUUACGUGGCAGGGUGCGAGGCAGGGUGUGAAGCAGCCGGCUCUCUCCCCUUCGCUGCUCAACUCAAUGCUCCUCUCUUUUGUGCUUUGGCCUCCAAUCCUCUUGCUUCCCCUCACAGCACGCCGUUACGUGGCAGGGUGCGAGGCAGCCGGCUCUCUCCCCCUCUCCCCUUCGCCGCUCAACUCAAUGCUCCUCUCUUUUGUGCUUUGGCCUCCAAUCCUCUUGCUUCCCCUCACAGCACGCCGUUACGUGGCAGGGUGCGAGGCAGCCGGCUCUCUCCCCCUCUCCCCUUCGCCGCUCAACUCAAUGCUCCUCUCUUUUGUGCUUUGGCCUCCAAUCCUCUUGCUUCCCCUCACAGCACGCCGUUACGUGGCAGGGUGCGAGGCAGCCGGCUCUCUCCCCCUCUCCCCUUCGCCGCUCAACUCAAUGCUCCUCUCUUUUGUGCUUUGGCCUCCAAUCCUCUUGCUUCCCCUCACAGCACGCCGUUACGUGGCAGGGUGCGAGGCAGCCGGCUCUCUCCCCCUCUCCCCUUCGCCGCUCAACUCAAUGCUCCUCUCUUUUGUGCUUUGGCCUCCAAUCCUCUUGCUUCCCCUCACAGCACGCCGUUACGUGGCAGGGUGCGAGGCAGCCGGCUCUCUCCCCCUCUCCCCUUCGCUGCUCAACUCAAUGGCCCUCUCUUUUGUGCUUUGGCCUCCAAUCCUCUUGCUUCCCCUCACAGCACGCCGUUACGUGGCAGGGUGCGAGGCAGCCGGCUCUCUCCCCCUCUCCCCUUCGCCGCUCAACUCAAUGCUCCUCUCUUUUGUGCUUUGGCCUCCAAUCCUCUUGCUUCCCCUCACAGCACGCCGUUACGUGGCAGGGUGCGAGGCAGCCGGCUCUCUCCCCCUCUCCCCUUCGCUGCUCAACUCAAUGGCCCUCUCUUUUGUGCUUUGGCCUCCAAUCCUCUUGCUUCCCCUCACAGCACGCCGUUACGUGGCAGGGUGCGAGGCAGCCGGCUCUCUCCCCCUCUCCCCUUCGCCGCUCAACUCAAUGCUCCUCUCUUUUGUGCUUUGGCCUCCAAUCCUCUUGCUUCCCCUCACAGCACGCCGUUACGUGGCAGGGUGCGAGGCAGCCGGCUCUCUCCCCCUCUCCCCUUCGCUGCUCAACUCAAUGGCCCUCUCUUUUGUGCUUUGGCCUCCAAUCCUCUUGCUUCCCCUCACAGCACGCCGUUACGUGGCAGGGUGCGAGGCAGCCGGCUCUCUCCCCCUCUCCCCUUCGCCGCUCAACUCAAUGCUCCUCUCUUUUGUGCUUUGGCCUCCAAUCCUCUUGCUUCCCCUCACAGCACGCCGUUACGUGGCAGGCAAGGUGGGAAGAGUGGAGGCGGGGAGUGGUUACGUGGCAGAGUGCGAAGCAGUUGCCCUCUCUCUCUCCCCUGCUGCUUUUAACACCUUUGCCUUGAACACCACCUUUGCUUUGCUUUGUUUCUCUUUGACUGAAACCCCCACCGGCAGCAAGGUGGGGAGAGUGGAGGCGGCGAGUCGCUACGUGGCAGAGUGGGAAGUAGCUGCCCUCUCGCUCUCCCCUGCGGUGGGAAGAGUGGAAGCAGCAUCUCGCUACGUGGCAGAGUGUGAAGCAGCUGCCCUCUCGCUCUCCCCUGCUGCGCUCAACGCCUUUGCCUCGGGCUGCAUUUCUGCUGGGCGGCCCACUGAUGCUGUCAGGGCGAUGGAGAGUGCUGAAAGAAGGGCCGGCAGGUGA